AUGACCGACACAGCAGACGCCCCUCAAACUAACAAGGCCUUCGUGCCCCUCGAAAACAACCCCGAAGUAAUGACCCACCUCGUCCGCCAACUCGGCCUCUCCCCAACCCUAGGCUUCACAGACGUCUGGUCAAUCGACAGCCCAGACCUCCUCGCCUUCAUCCCCCGCCCGUCUUACGCCCUCCUCCUCGUCUUCCCCGUCUCAGCAGCCUACGAAGCAACCCGACGUACCGAAGACGCGCCCCUCCCCGAAUACACCGGCUCCGGGGCCAACGAACCCGUGAUGUGGUUCAAGCAAACGAUCCGCAACGCGUGCGGACUCAUCGGGCUCCUGCACGCCGUAUCGAACGGCACGCCGCGGAAGCACAUCACCCCCGGCUCGGACCUAGAUAACCUGCUGAAGGAAGCAGAGGGACUGGGGCCGAUCCAGCGCGCGGAUCUGCUGUAUGAGAGUAAGGCCCUGGAGAGUGCGCAUGCGGAUGCGGCGAAACUGGGAGAUACGGAUGCGCCGGCGGCGGAGGACUCGGUGGAUUUGCAUUUCGUGGCGUUUGUGAAGGGGGAGGAUGGCACGCUUUGGGAGUUGGAUGGGCGGAGGAAGGGACCGCUGGUUAGGGGGGUGCUUGGGGAGGAGGAGGAUGCGUUGAGUGAGAGGGCGUUGCAGUUGGGGGUUAGGAGGUUUUUGGAGGUGGAGAAGGGGAGUGGGAGUGGAGAGGGGGAUUUGAGGUUUAGUCUGGUUAGUUUGGGGGAGGUUUUUGAUUAA